AUGGCGUUGUUUUCGAGCGAAGAUGAUGCAUCAGAGAACAGAACAAAUCCGCUUUGGAAAGUUCUGCAAAAGUCCUUCGUGUCGUAUAAAAAACUCCAAUUCUCGAAACGAAUGUACGCGAUGAAAAACUCGAUAUUUUCGAGACGAAUACACGACGAGAGCAACAGAGGCGUCAGAAACACAGUCGUUAUGAUUUUAGGCGAGAGAAUGACCGCGUUCGAUCGACUCAUCAGUCGCGUGGAUGCGUUCUUUUUCAGCUCCUACGUCUCGGAAUUUCCACCCAUCGAGAGCAAAAAAAUGUUCCUCUUUACGAAUAAUACGAAUACUACCACGAAUACGAAAGAAACGACGACGAUGAAAAUGAAGUCCAUAGACUUCGUGGCGAACCAAGUGGGCGGGUACACCACGGAUUGCGGGUGGGGGUGCACGCUGAGGAGCGCGCAGAUGCUGUUCGGGGAAGCGUUGAUGAGGAGCGCUCGAGCGCGAAGAUUUAGGCGGAGGAGUUUAAGGAGAAGCGAAGAAGAUGUAAGCGAGGAGGAGGAGGAGGGAGAGGAGUUUAAGAGGAAGAAGGAGAUUGUGGAUAUGUUUUCGGACGAUAACGAUGACGAUGAAAACGAGGAUAAAAAGGAGAAGAAGAAGAAGAAGACAAAGAAUGUAUUCGGGUUGAGAAGAGUAUACGAAGGAGACGAGGACGAGAAUGCGUUGUGCCCCGGUCAGUGGAUGGCACCGUCCGAGAUUUGUAAACGAUACGGGAAAAUGAUGAAUAGGUUGGAUUCUUUUCAAAACGUUCGUUGUCUCAUUCUCGGCGACGGGUGCGGCGGAGGCGUGCCUGAGUUUUACCCGGAAAGAGUUCGAGAGGAAAUGAAAACGCACGCGGACAAAGACGUUUUGAUUUUAGUACCUUUACGAUGCGGCGCGAGCGACGCGAUUAAUCCUGAAUACGUGAAAUCGUUACAGAAAUUUCUAAGCGUGCGCGAGUGUGUAGGUAUCGUCGGAGGGAAGAAGACCGCGUCGUAUUACAUCGUCGGCUUUACGAGCGGUAAGAAGAGUAGUGAUAGUUAUAGCGGGGGAGAGAAGGAGGAAGAAGAAGAGGAAAAAGAAGAAGAGGAAAAUGAAGAAGAUGAAGAAGAAGAAGAAGAAGAAGAAGAAGAGACAAGAGCAAUAUAUCUCGACCCACACGUUGCGAAAGCGUACGUGUCACCUCGCGAGCGUUCGCGAGACGAAUCGACGGAAUCUGCGUAUUAUCGUUCCUUUUUCGGAAGCGCUUCGGAACACGGCAUUUUAUACACGCCGUUUCACGCGCUCGAUCCGAGCUUAGUCGUUGGAUUUUUAGUAGGUAACGAUACUAAUUACGACGAGAUGAAUAAUGCAUCUUCCUCCUCCUUGGACGCGUUCGUGGAUGUUUUGACGAAUAUUGAACGCGAGAGCGGAUCGACGCCCUUGAUUACGGUGGUUACCAAAAAAGUGUUGUCGAAGAAGAAAAUGAAUAGCAGUAUGAAUAGCAGCAGUUCGAAACGAACGGAAAACAACAAAAGAGGAGAGGAAGAGGACGAAGACGAUUGGGAAAUCAUCGAUGGUUGCGAAGGAGAAGAGUUUUAA